UUCUUUAAAAGUAGUGGUGGGCAAGAAAAGCCUCCUGAAGCACUGAGGCUUUCUUAACUAUUGUGCCGAAAAGGUGACGGUGACAUCUGGUGGACAACUGAAGCCAUAGCAACCUCUAAAGAGCAAUCUGUCAACAUUCAAACGUAACACAAAACCAUAACAGACAGUUCAUUUCAAACUGUACCACUCAUUUCUCCUAAAGUCUAUUUCAGUAUAAGUACAUAAGUCAGUGAUUCACAUUACAAGGUCUGUAGUAUGGACAGAUUGACCAACACACCUACUACUGUGUAUCUUCUUAUAACCCCCAGCAAAUUGUCAAUGUUUACUUCAGUUUACACAUACUUGUAUAACAAACUAUCAAUAAUAAUAAUAUUCAAAUACAUGUAUCAUUCACUUAUUUCUGAUGUUCUACUUUGGAGCUGGGGUUUCAAGCACAAAUGACUGGAGGGUCACCUCACAAUUCCAUACAUUCCAGACAUAUAAACAAAUCCAAGAGUUAGAAGGAAAACAAUAACUCUUUUCUUUGUUGAAGACUUCUGUUAGCCAACUGGACAUGAAAUUUUCACUCAACAGUGGAGGUGGGCUAGGACAGGGGAUUACAACGACCCAUCAAACUUAUAAUGACUGUUAACAUGACUCCAACGGCCCACCCAACAGGGUAUAUUUGCUGUAUUCCCCUCCACCAGUUAGAACUGAAGAAGCCUCUUGGAUGAGAAGCAAAACGUCUUCUUGAGAAAAUUUCACAUCCAGUUGCCUAACGGAACUCUUCAACCUUGACUAUGACCUGGAUGACUUUAUUAUUUAAUUUUAAGGUUGAGAACAAAACUCUUCUCUGGCCGUUCUCUCCUUUCUUUUACGAUAUUAAUUUGUUUAUGUUGCGCGUGACGAUUACCUACCCAUCUGUGGAUCCCUCAGGUCGAACAAGUUCAUUCAGAAACACUGCCAGCCCAUCUGCUUGUCUGUGGAAAACAUCAUGAUUUUGCCGCUGAAUUCGAACCCAUGUGUUCUGACGGACUAAAGACUUAAGGACUAAAGAAGGGACAAAGAGCAAAAAUUAAACACCAAAAUAUAAAACACUUGAGAAGAAAUUAUCCAAAAUACAUUUAAACAGUCAUACACUAAUGUCUGCUGGAACCGCCUAUAAAGCUAACUUUUUUUAUUUCAUUAUUUGAAUAUAAUAUUAAAAUUUGUGCGCAUAAAAUACAUUUAAAUAUACAAAUUUAAAUAACAUAAAAUCCUCCUUAUGGAUUAUAAUAAAUAUACCAAACUGAACAUUUCCUUCAAUAUAAUUAUUUUUAAUAUUUACUCUUGUGUAUCCUGAAGUGCCUUUAAGUACCCCUAGUGGUACACGUAUCUCCAUUUGAGCACCACUGCCAUAGCCCAGUGUAGAAAGUUGUUUAGCAUUGAAUUCAGUUUUAUGUGACCUUCAUCGUGUGACCUGUUCAAGAACGGGUUGCCAACAUGAGUAGUUUGGAUAAAGCAGAAAAAUCUAUGCUCAGACAGAAAAAAGUCACAUUCAAAUGUACACACUUUGAGUUAUUAUUCCACAAAUAUGACCUACAUGAUCACAGGAAUUCAACAUGACCCUAUGAAUAGCACUCAUCCACUGGAAUCAUCGCUUGGGAUCCAACAAAGGAGUUCUGUGUUGGAUGUUUCGGUGUUAAACUUCUUUUUCUCCUCUCUGCCUCCACCAUUCACUACACUACACAAGCUCACUGUAUAAAUUCAGGCUUGUGUUGUAUAAUUCGUAACACAACAGUAAAUAAAUGAGCAGUUUUGAUUUUUGUCAGCUUGGAUAAUAAUUGUUUUAAAGGACUACUCCAGACUCAGUGGACGAGGAGCAGCAGCAUCUGUAUGAGGGGCGCGGCCUCCUACUGGCUGCUGCUGCUGCUGCUGCUUCACUCAUAGCUUGGGCGCUUCAUCCAUUCACCCAUCCUUCCAUUCAGCCAUCCACCCAUCCUUCCGUCCACCCAUCCAUCCAAAGCGGAGACUGAGAGAUGGGGGACGCGGCCCAGUGUAACAUCAAGGUGGUGUGUCGUUUCAGGCCGCUGAACAGUUCUGAGGUGGCCCGUGGAGACAAGUACAUCCCGAAAUUUAAGGGCAAUGACUGCGUGCAGAUCGCGGGUAAACCGUACUACUUUGAUCUUGUAUUCCAGUCCGACACCACUCAGGUGCAGUUCUACGAAGCGGUGGCUCAGAAGAUCGUUAAAGAUGUGCUGGAGGGAUACAACGGAACGAUAUUUGCCUAUGGGCAGACGUCCUCGGGCAAAACUCACACCAUGGAGGGGAACCUCCACAAUCCAGACAUGAUGGGAAUCAUUCCCAGAAUUGUUCACGACAUCUUCAAUCACAUCCAUUCCAUGGAUGAGAACCUGGAGUUACAUAUCAAAGUUUCCUAUUUUGAAAUUUAUUUAGACAAAAUCCGGGACCUGUUGGACGUAUCAAAGAGGAACCUCUCUGUACACGAGGAUAAAAACAGAGUGCCCUUUGUCAAGGGGUGUACUGAGCGUUUUGUGUGCAGUCCUCAGGAGGUCAUGGACGCCAUAGAUGAAGGAAAAAACAACAGACACGUGGCUGUCACAAACAUGAAUGAACACAGUUCCAGAAGUCACAGCAUUUUCCUCAUCAACAUCAAACAGGAAAACACUCAGACUGAGCAGAAAAUGACGGGAAAACUCUACCUGGUUGAUCUGGCUGGGUGCGAAAAAGUGGGUAAGACGGGAGCGGAGGGCACAGUGUUGGAUGAAGCUAAGAUGAUCAACAAGUCGUUGUCUGCACUUGGAAUCGUCAUCUCAGCUCUGGCGGAGGGAUCGGCCUACGUUCCAUACAGAGACAGUAAAAUGACCAGGAUCCUGCAGGACUCAUUAGGCGGGAACUGUCGGACCACCAUGGUCAUCUGCUGCUCGCCCUCGUCCUUUAAUGACGCAGAGACCAAAACGACACUGCAGUUUGGACAACGGGCAAAGACUAUAAAGAACAAUGUGUGUUUGAACGUGGAGCUGACCGCAGAGCAGUGGAAGAGCAAGUGGGAGAAAGAAAGGGAAAGAAACAAGACGCUGAAGAACUCAGUCAUCUUGUUGGAGAAUGAGGUCAACCGGUGGAGGAAUGGGGAACGUGUUCCUGCAGAAGAACAGUUUGAUAAGGAGAAGGCCAAAGCGGAGGUCCUGGACCUGGACAGUGCCGUCAACAACGAGAAGCCAGCUCCCACAGCAGCUCUCAGCAGCCUGCCCGUGGUCCAGUUCACAGACGCAGAGAAGGAGAAGUGUGCAGCAGAGAUGGCCAAGUUGUACAAAGAGAUGGAUGACAAGGAUGAAGAGAUUAACCAACAGUCUCAGUUGUUGGAGACACUGAAGCAGCAGAUGUUGGACCAAGAGGAGCUUUUGACUUCCUCCCGCCGCGACCACGACAACCUUCAGACGGAACUAAACCGGCUGCUGUCAGAGAACGAGGCCUCUAAGGAGGAGGUGAAGGAGGUGCUGCAAGCUCUGGAGGAGCUAGCCGUCAACUAUGACCAGAAGAGCCAGGAGGUAGAGGACAAAACGAAAGAGUUUGAGGCCCUCAGUGAGGAGCUGAACCGGAAAUCGAGCUCUUUGGCCUCCAUUGACUCUGAGCUGCAGAAGCUGAAGGAAAUGACCAACCACCAGAAGAAGAGGGUCAAUGAGAUGAUGUCAUCAUUACUGAAAGACCUGGCUGAGAUCGGCAUCGCUGUGGGAAACAACGACAUCAAGCAACAGGAGGGCAGUGGUCACAUCGAUGAAGAGUUCACCGUAGCUCGACUCUACAUCAGUAAAAUGAAGUCUGAGGUGAAGACAAUGGUGAAGCGCAGCAAACAGCUGGAGAGCUCCCAGGCUGAGAGCACCCAGAAGAUGGCUGAGGCAGAGAGAGAGCUGACCACCUGCCAGCUGCGCAUCUCCCAGCAUGAAGCUAAAAUCAAGUCUCUGUCAGACUGCCUCCUGAAUGUAGAGCAGAGGAAAAGACAGCUGGAGGACACGGUAGACUCUCUCAAUGAGGAAAUAGUCAGGAUCAACGCUGAAGAGAAAGUAAAUGCAAUGGAGAAGAAGUCUGUCAAAGAAGUAAAGAUCCCAGGAUUACGCUUCAAGGAUGUUGUGGAGAAGCAGAUCCAGUCCCACAAAGAGGCUCACAAGAGGCAGAUCAGCAGCCUGAGAGACGAGCUGGACAGCAAGGAGAAACUCAUCACAGAGUUGCAGGAUCUGAACCAGGAGAUCAUGCUGGAGCAGGAGAGGCUGAAAGUGGAGCAUGAGAAACUGCGGGCCACCGACCAGGAGAAGAGCCGUCAGCUGCAGGAGCUAACGGAGCUGCUGGAAAAACAGGAGCAGGCCAGUCAGGACCUGAAAGGACUGGAGGAAACAGUGACGCGGGAGCUGCAGACGCUUCACAGCCUGAGGAGACUAUUUGUCCAAGACUUAUCGACAAGAGUCAAAAAGAAUGCUCAAAAAGACCCAGAGGAGAUGGAGAUCACCGUGGCCCAGAAACAGAAAAUCAGUUUCUUGGAGAACAACCUUGAGCAGUUGUCUAAAGUUCAUAAGCAGCUGCUGCGUGACAAUGCUGACCUCCACUGUGAGAUUCCUAAGAUGGAGAAGCGUCUGCGGGCCACUGCUGAGCGGGUCAAAUCCCUGGAGGCUGCUUUAAAGGAGGCCAAAGAGAACGCUGCCCGUGACAGGAAGCGCUAUGAGCAGGAGGUGGAGCGGAUAAAGGAGACGAUCAAAAUCCAGAGUGUGAAUCGCAAAGCUUCAGCUCAUAUAGCCAAGCCCAUCAGACCAGGACAGCUACCCGGUGCUCCUCUGGUCCCCAAUGCCAACAGCUCCUGAGAAUUCCAUCAAACAUGCCUCAAGCCAAGGACCAGAGCUCUGAUCUUCCAUCUGGAGCUGCUGCAGGAAUCUGCCACACUGUAGACAGACAGACAGAGAGAGAGAGAGAGAGAGAGAGAGAAAGAGAGAGAGAGAGAGAGUGGGGUGUGGUUGAAAAAGAGAGAUAAAGAAGGUAUAAGUGAGAAAAAAAGUGAUAAUGUUCAUUUGAAGCCAAGAUAUAUUUAUUGCCUUGUGUCUUUAGUGGUGUUUAACUGACUCACAGAACAAAGAACUGGACAGAGAGAGAGAGAGAGAGAAUAACCCUUUUCUCUAAUAUUUGUUUCUCCAGAAUUGUACUUGUUUUCACAUAGUUGCAGGUUCUGACUGUGUGCAGAUGAGAGUACAGUCCAUGUCCAUCACAAGCAUUAGUUUUUUCGAUUUUUAAAGUUUUUCUGCUCCGUCUUUAAAACAACACUCCAUGUCCUAAACGGCUUUUGACUUUUUUUAAACUCAUGUCAGAAAGCUGUGGGACCGAAGCUCCUUUAUAUGUUAACUUUAUUUCGUAAAUAUCUCCAGUAUGACGUUAGCGAACUUUCUUUAUUAUUAUUUAUUACCACUAGCCUUUCUGAAUAACUGUAACUGAGUGAAUAUGAUUAUCGUAGAUAUGAGACACUACUGCAAACACCCAGAUCAACAAGCUCAGGCGUUUCACAGGACUGUCAGUGAAGGGUCAACGCCUUUAGCAAGUCUACAAAAAAGUUAAUACAUAAUACAACAAUAGUAAAGAUUUUGUUUUGUUUUAAAUAUCAGAGUUAAUAAACCGAGACAAGAACAAG